AGCAUUGCUUCGCGCUAUCCGUUGCUUCGUAGUUCUCGCCAUGGAGCCCAUUCUCGUUGUGAGCACUUUGGUGCUGAUUUUUGCUCCGGUGCAUUUCUACCUCAGGCAAGAGGACCUGGUGACCCUGCGACAAUGGAUCGGCUGGGGAACCAGUUUGGAAGAUUGCCAGGAGGAUCCCGUCACGAAGGAAUUCCGGGUUGAAGAGGAGAUGAUGAAGGUACGGCAGAUGAAUUUGAAGAUGCUUUGCAGACUCUUUGCACACAUAGUUGUUCCUUUUGGCAUCGCGAUUUUCUACCAAGCCUUGAGUGCACCAGAGUUUGACACCAUGGCGCUGGGGAUGUUGUUCUUAGUGGCCUACUGUUUCCAUAGUGUGGUUGGCAGUAGCAUGGAGCUUACUGCGAGGCACUUGACCAUCUUCAACUGUGUGGCACACGUUCUUGUUCUUCCGUGUUCAUUCCUCCCCGUGCUCUCAGCUACAAGCUCGAUCAUGUUUCCGUUGGCGCAAAGCUUUGUGGUUGCGCUUCGCUUUUGUGCGGCCUUGUACUUUUUCGAUCAACGGCUGAUCAUUCCAUUCAACAUUGCUUACAGCUCCAUCAACAUCAUUGUGUACGUCUGUCACUUCCGAGAGUCUGGCGGCGCAAAUCUGUUUCUCCUCCUCAGCAUGGAAUGCUUCAAUUUUGUGCUCAUUCUCGCCACUGGGAGCUUCAUUGACCUGGCCCUGCGAAGACAAACCUAUGCUGUGUUGGACACAGCUCAUGCUGAGUCCUUGCUCGUGGGUUUUCGGAAAAUGCUUCGAGGAAUUUGCGACGGCGAGGCGCUCUUGGACAGUCAUAUGAACGUGGCACAAGAAAGUGAAUGCUUAAAACAUUUGAUUCUCACCACUGUGAGCCUUGAGGGUCGCUCCUUUGAAGAACUACUGCUCGAGACGGAGCGCCCUCGUUUCCGCCACUUCAUUCAGUCUUCGGCAUCUUCGUCUUCGGCAUCUUCGGGGGCCCCACCCUUUUGCUCCCGCUUGCUGUUUCGAGGCGCAGCGGGGAUCGGCGUGGCCGCAGACGUGUACCACGUGCCGAUUUGGGGGCUCUUCGGUGGUGCGACCCAACCGCAUCAUCUCAUCGCGUUUAAGGAAGAUCCGGAAUUGCGACAGCAUCCUGAGGCAGAAGAAGAUUCCUUGCCUGCGCAGCUGCGUUGGAAGAAGGACCAUCCACAUGCAUCGGCCAGCUCUGCGCGCACAGCUUCGCUAAUCUCUGGAAGCACGGUACACAGUGCACACCCGAUUUUUCCGGAGUUUCAGGAGAUGACCUUGCUGGUGGAUGUGGAGACCGAACUGCAGGAUAUUCUGCAGGCACACUUGAGUUUCGAGCGAACGGACCAGAGUGAGCCUGCCGUGGGCUCGAGCAUGCCCAGCCUGCGACGCUUGGUGAAGCCCACGGACUGGGAACCGCUCCGGGCCAGCGUGGUGGCCUACGUGGAGCAGGCGCAAGUGGAUCCAGACACCCCACCCCUACCGCUGGCUGGCCUGAGCUUUCAGCUUCCCAGUCAAAGUGGCUGGCUUCAAGCAGAAGAGGCGACGCUCCACCGCAUCCAAGGUGCACAGAAGGUCUGGUUCCAUUUGAAAACAUUCCGACCCGAGAAGGUGCCUCGCCCUCGAAGUUCUCUGGAUGCCAUUCACGAAAGUCCGGGCCUUCGGGGGCGCAGCGAAAAGGCUGGCGGAACGCCGGUGCUGGGUGAGACGGCAGAAAGAUCCGCAGCUGGUGGAAUCGCAGGUGUCCAAGAUCACCCAAAGAGGUGAGUUUGCUUUAGGAAUCAGCCUACUAGACUAGGGAAAAUGAGAAAGCUAGC